AUGGGUAAAGGAGCACCGACCCAAAGGGCACGUGUGAUCGACUGUCGCCAAGAUGCUGUUCGAGCUGUUCGAUACAACGUCGAUGGUAAUUACUGCAUGACUUGCGGCAGUGAUAAAUCCGUCAAACUAUGGAAUCCAAUCAAGGGCUCGUUGUUGAAGACUUACACUGGAACAGGAAAUGAGGUAUUCGAUGUGGCAUCAUCGUCAGACAAUUCGCAAUUGGCAGCUGGUGGGGCCGACAAAUGUCUAACUGUGUUCGAUGUAGAGACCGGUAAGAUAUUGCGAAGGUGGAGAGCACAUGCCGCUCGAGUGAAUGCUGUCGCUUUCAACGAGGAGUCAAAUGUGGUGUUCUCCGGAUCGACAGACUGUACUAUGCAAGCGUUUGAUAAUAGAAGCCGCAGUGAUAAAGCGAUACAGAUAUUCAAUGAGGCAACCGACAGUGUGCUCAGUAUAGAUAUCAACGGUGGCGAGAUCGUCGCCGGUUCAGCAGAUGCCAAUUAUCGACUAUACAGUAUUAGACAAGGAAAUGUCCACAUCGACUUUAUGGGCGAGAGUGUGAAUUGCGUUCAUAUAACACCAGAUUCAAAUUGUGUCCUAGCAUCAGUUCAAGAUGGCAACAUACGGCUGAUGGAUAAAGUGAAUGGAAAAAUGCUGGCCAGCUAUACUGGUCAUAGAAAUACUGAAUACAAAGUGGAUAGCUGUGUCAUGGCUUCGAUAGAAGAAGUGGUAUCAGGCUCUGAAGACGGAUUUGUCUAUGUGUGGAGUUUACUUGACAGUAAUGUGAUAGCAAAACUGGAACAUCCGUCAAAAGUGGUUCACUCGUUAUCGGCUCAUCCAAAGAAGCAACAUCUUCUGACAGCCGCCGGACAACUCAUCUACUUAUGGGUGGCGAAGAACGAUGAAGAUUUCGAGUGCUGA